AUGGAUCACACAUACGGCAUCAGGCUUGGACAAAAUCCAAAUACCUGGAGUCCAUAUCCAACAGGUGCUCCUGAUAUCAAGCUUGGAGAAAAUCCAAAUACCUGGAGUCCAUAUCCAAUAGGUGCUCCUGGUAUCAGGCUUGGAGAAAAUCCAAAUACCUGGAGUCCAUAUCCAAGAGGUGCUCCUGGUGCCAGCGGCGCAUAUGGUUACAGCUACUUCUGA